AUCUUAGGGUUUAAACCACAAAACAAUUUCCAAUCAGUAUCGAUCAUCUUCGCUUUCGAUCUCUAAUAAUGGCCGACGAAGCUAACAGAACAGCAUUUCUAGAGAUUCAAGGUCGCAUGAUUGAGCUCACUGGCAAGUUGAAGCAGGUGCAAAACCAGGUGCGAAACAAAGAAGGAGAAAAAAAGCGUGCUUUCCUAACCUUGGAGGAGCUACGCCAGUUGUCUGAUGAUACCAAUACAUACAAAUCAAUAGGUAUUGUGAUGAGUCUCUGGCUUCUUGAAGUCUUGUUGGCUUAUAGUUGUGUAUUGGCAUCGAUAAGAAACUUGCAUACCAUAAUGCUAAGUCAGAGUUGGCAACCAAGAGAAGGCUGUUUGAUUUGAUCUUCUAUUUUUGAAGGAGCUGUCUUUAGUCUUUACUCGGAUGUUAAUUGAUUAUGUUCAAUUUCUGUUAUUUUAUUUUUUUGCAGGACGAACGUGAGUCUUGGAUAACCUAGAUGAAAGUAAAUCAUGAUUCAUUGCUUUCAAGGAGUGUAUAUCACAUGGACUGAUGAAGUGUCUUUAUCUGUUCUUGUCUACUACCCAGGUUCAUUUUAGAGCCCAAGUCAUUAUUAAUGAAUGAGCAGGAGCAGAAGCUGACAGAUAGUGAAUCUGCAAUUGCCUCAUUACAGAUAUCAAAGGAAUAUUUGGAAAAGCAGAGGGCUGAAGUAGAGAACAACUUGAGAGAGCUGCUGCAGCAGGAUCCAGGUCUCGCUCAUCAAAUAAUGUCCAUGAGUGUAAUCUAAAGUUAUCCAUUGACCUUUAGUUAUUGUUUGGUCGUAUUGCCCAUUCUGUGUCAACAAGAGCAUAUAUGUCUUUUUUUUUUUCUUGAAUCAAAUAUUCAUGUUUAAUCCAUUGGGUGUUUUCCCGUUUAUAGCAUUUUGAGAGUGAAAGUUAAGUCAGAGAGUUUAACUUGAAUGUUUUAUUGAUCUAAUGCCUCUGUAGAAUUUGUUUGCAAUUUCUUUAGGGACUAUUAUGUGACUUCUAAUUUUUAGUGUUAACGCGAAUGUUUUAAUGAUCCUUGA